AUGGGAACUCAGUAUAUGAUGCAAGCUGGACUGGCUUCCGGCAUGUCAGCUACGGAGGGCAUGUCCCCCGCCCGUCCACGAUCUGUUGAUCCAAACCUCAGUGAUCCAGCUCACUUGCUCCCCGAAGAUAUUGUCCCCACCUCCCGAGACCGUCUUGCUGUGCGAGCGUUCGGCGGCAAGGACAUUAUGAUUCCGUACAUGGGCAUCGGCACCUGGUCGUGGGGGGACAAGGCAACAUUCGAUUACGAUGCAAUCACCGACCUGCCCCGGAUUCACGCCGCAUGGGCUAAACUCAAAUCUGUGGGACUCACCUUUGUCGAUACCUCGCAGGCUUAUGGGAACGGCGAAAGCGAGAGAAUCUGCGGAACGCUGUUCGAGGGAAUGCCCCGGGAUGCAUUCGUGGUACAAACGAAGUGGUUCUCGGGCGGUCUCUCCAACACUCUGAUGCAGUCGCGUGGGCCCAAGGCUCGGCUCAGGGAAUCUCUCAGUCGGUUGGGCCUGGACUAUGUGGACAUCUAUCUGGUUGACGGGCCGAUUCACGGUAGUUCUAUUGCUACGGUUGCGGAGGGACUGGCUGAAUGCGUACACGAGGGAAUGACGCGUGCUGUGGGUGUUGCCAAUUACAGCACGCAGGAGAUGAUCAAAAUGGCCGAGGAGCUGGCGAAAAGCAGCGUGCCCUUGUCAAUCUCGCAGUGCGAAUACUCAGUGCUACGCCGUAUACCCGAAGUGAGCGGGAUGAUCCGUGAGUGUCUCAAGCGCGGAAUUUGCUUCCAGGGCUUUGCUUCGCUCGCCGAAGGCCGAUUGACCGGCAAGUACUCGCGCUUCAACGAGCCCAAGGCCAAUCGACGAUUCAGCAGUUAUCCGAUGCAUAUGCUGGAGCCAACCAUCAAUGUCCUCAAGGGCAUCGCAGCCGAUCGUCGAGUGCCUUUGUCGGCUGUGGCGUUGAACUAUCCAAUCAACAAGGGCGUGGUGCCUCUUGUCGGAAUUCGUGAUCCUGGCCAGGCGGAUGAUGACAUGCAGGCACUCGGCUGGCGAUUGACAGAAGAUGAGAUCCAUCGGAUUGAGGAGGUCAGCUUUGAGGGGCAUACAUCAACUCUCUUGCAGCAUGGAUAG